UCUGUCUUUUUGGUUCUCAUUGGCUUUGUAAACAGCUUUUCAUAAACAAAUUUACUCCUUCAAGCUUAUCAGUUCUUAGGCCUACAUUUGUCAAACUUGUUCUUGUCAACCGUACGAUUGUUUAUUAUUUUUGGUCUUAGUUUUAAUCCAUAAAUCAUCGUUUAUCAACAUGGGCAAAGGUUACACUAAUUUCAUGUGUAAAAAGCCAUUUCAUCCUGGAUCCCGUGACAACAUUAGGAGGGUUUGGAUUGCUGAACAAAAGAAGAAAUUUGAGUUGGAAAAACAAAAGGAACUACAAACCUUGUACGAUAAAGAGCAAGAAGCUCAUAAAAACAGAAAACUUCUGAACAAAGAUGACCCUAAGAUGGAAUUGAGCUUUAUGUACAAUGCCCCACCUGGAAGCAGCAAAAAAGAAGAAGACGGACCAGAAUUUAAAUUUAAAUGGCAAAGGAAUGCACCUCGUGAAAGUUUCUCCAAAGGUAACCAAUCCAUUACUGAUAAACCUUUCGGAAUCUCUGUUCGAAAUGUCAAAUGUAUAAAAUGUCAUCAAUGGGGUCAUGUCAACACUGACAAAGAAUGUCCAGCAGCAGCUGAUAAAUACAACAUAUUCCGCAAAUGAAAUUAAUCAUACAAAAAAUUUUGCAAUCAAAAAUGACCUCAAAUCUUCAAUUUAAAUUAAAGAAAUUUGUGUUCUCAAUUAUCGUUUCAUAA